AGAGACAGAGAGAGAGAGAGAGACAGAGAGAGAGAGAGAGAGAGAGAGAGAGAGAGAGAGAGAGAGAGAGAGAUGAACUGAGAAGAGUUGGUUGUUUCUAUCUCACUGACCUGCAGGACAGAAGCUUCUUCACUUAGAAUUGAAUGCGGCUCAAACGCAGCUGUAGAUGCUUCUAAAAGCAAACACGUUCUGAACAGAAACGAUGAUGAUGAUGAUGAUGAUGAUGAUGAUGAUGAAGGCUGUGUGUGUGGUUGUGUGUGUGUUUCCCGUCCGUGGUGUGUGUUUCUCUCGUGGGGCGAGCGUCUCGUCGUGUGUGAACAUGAAGCCCGGCCACAUCAGCUCCUUCCCACAACACACACACACACACUCCACCGUCUCCGUGCGCUCCGGCCGAUCAGUGUAUCUGCCGCGACACACACUCACAGUAACGGUUCAGAGUUCGCGGGCGUUCAUGGGCUUUCUGCUGCAGGCUCGCUCUGUAGUGGAGGACCGUGUGGUCGGUGGUGAGUUCACUCUUCAUCCUCCCGGCACACACACCCUGUCCUGCCUCGGCACGGACGACACCGUCACACACUCGGCCAAGAUGCUCAAGAGGAACCUGUCCUUCAGCUGGAGGGCCCCGGCUCAACCCAGCGGAGACCUGCGCUUUUACAUCACACUGGUUCAGUCCUACUUUGUGUACUGGUCUCGGAUCAGAUCGGCAGUGGUGCAUGAUGGGACGCGUAGUUCUCCAAUCACUGACAGCAUUACGGGACAACCGAUGGUGAACACGACAGUCUCAUUACUGGAGAAAACAGUCAAACACACAUCCCUGUCUACACAUGCUAACACACACGCCAACACGAACUCAACAUUUACCACAUACAUCGACACACACUCGACACACAACACGCACGCCAGCACACACAAAGUCACGUAUACACACGCUGACACUCAUGCACCACAUGACACGCGCACUGACACUCACUCAACACACAGCACACAGAUAAUCGCAUUCAUACACACUAACACACGCUCGACGCACAACACACCAACCCCAUCUAAACACGCCGACUCACACACCAACACGCUCUCCAUGCAUAACACACACAUGAUCGCAUCUACACACUCUGACACACAUGCACCACAUAACACACACUCAACACACAACACAAAUACAAUCCCAACUUUUAACACACACACCAACGCACAAUCGUUAAAUACACCACAUAACCCAGACAUUAACACGCACUCAACACACAACACACACACUAAUAUGCACUUAACAUCAAGCAUUGCAUCUUUUAACACACAAUCAUCAAGUGUCACUCAAACACCUCUGUCCUCAUCUACACAAACUGUCCCAGACACACCAUCCUCUCAGAGCGUCUCAACACAUAACACAAACACCCCAACACCUGACAACACACACACUGUCCCAAAUCCACUAUUACAGACUCGUGCAUCUCUACAGAUGACGACACACACCUCCCCACCUCCAGCACACACUCAUAAAACACAGUUCUUCACCGCCUCCAUCCAUCCCGGACCGUCGCCGGCUCCCCGACAAGCCCUUUCUGACUUUCUGACCACGGAUGGCGCCGUCUCCCUGACCCAGCGCAAAAAACACCCGUUUGGAGAUGUUCUUAAUCACCCUAAACAAGCCAAAGACCCGUCUGGAGUCCCGGAGGGAGGCAUCGAGAGGCCAGAGCGUGCACCCAGGCAGAGUGCAUUCGAGCUGGGUUUGCUGCUGGGCCUCUCGGCUGCGCUCGGCAUGGCCAUUGCCGCGGGGCUCCGUUACCUGCAGAGGAAACACUGUCGCAAACAUACAGCUGUGUCGCUUAACGACUGUAACCAUAACGACAGGGGCAUCCUCCAUGUACAGGAGUGCGGAGACCUGGUGCAGGUGCGCAAAAUACGGCAGAACAGUUUCCUGGUGCUCCAGGCUGAGUACAACCUCAUCACACCGACCGGAAACUGAACAUGCACAUGUUUUUGAAAGUUGAAUAGUUUGGUGUCUGAAGGAUUUUUUUAAACGUCUUCUGCUCUACUUUUGCUUACCCCAUUAGCAGAUUAUUUAGCUUGUUUCAAGCGUAUUUUUUACUUGUUUUUCAUUUUGUUUGGUUUAGUUAUCCUAGCAACCACCCAGAAUACUCUAGAUGCUGUAUAGAAUUAACUUAGCAACCACCUAGAACACCCUGGCAACUGUGUAGCAUUGCAUUAGAAACCAAAUAAAUCGUCAUAGCAACAUUACUUCAGCACUUUAGCUGAAUCCUUAAAACAUUGCAAACCUUUUUAUCUGUAAUAGGACUUGUUUCAUCUACUCGAGUGGGUCUCAAUUUUUUAAAUCAAAUACCAACUCACAAAAUAUUUGGCUCUCCAACGUACCACCAUGAUGACCGUCAUUAAAAUACAGUAGCGUAGUAGGUCUAAUUAUUCAGCUGCAGCUAUGCCCAGUUCAAAAAUGAGGCACUUUUAUCCCUAAUGAGAAUGUUUAUUAUUGCUGGCCACUUUAAACAUUGUAAAUACAGUUUGGACAUUAACACUGCACUUUGCUUACAUACAGAUGAAUAAAAAACUGAUGAAUAAAUUAAAAUGCACCGUACUGUACAUUCCUGUACAAGUUGAGGAGUCAAGAAGCAUCUCGACCCACUCAGAGACGAUUCGGAGUUGUGGAAUGAAGGACACGACGCCUCUGUUCCCUCCAUCAGGGAACGAGGGUUACUAUACGUAACCAAGAUGUUGCUUCCUGUCAUUCUCUUCGAUGUUGUAUCGAGUGUAUGACAGUAGGGGUCCCUAUACGAAACGCCACGACUGCUGAACUGUGUCACGAGUCCAGUGGGUGCAGAUGUUGACAGGCCAAUGUGUCAUAACCAACUCCUUCUCGUAACCUUCCAACGGCCUUUUCCUACAAUAAUACUUACCGUAAUUACAGCAGAAAAGUUUCGGUAGUAAUGUCGGGACAGUGACUAUUCCACAGGGGAGGAACUUGUUGACAGAAUGUCUGUCUUAGGCAAACACUCAGCCCAGAGGCAGAGGAGAAGAGCCACUACAUGUGGAGCACUAACCCAAAACAAGAGUUUACUCAAGGCAGCCUACCUUGUCAGGAGUUCCAAUAGCAAGGUCUUCCUCCUGCCUUUGCUAAGAAAAGUGCGUAUGUAAUGGAAAGGGUAGUCCGGAGUCCAUGAAGGAAACCUGUGCCGGACUGGUUAAGUGUACAACCAUUCUGAGAGUGGGUCACACUGAAAACAAGCUCUUGUCUCUUGAGUCAAAAACUGAGAUUGAGAACUCUAGAAGAGACCAUGGCUCCUGAGAUGCAGCCAUGCCCCUGGUAGAGUGAUCCCUCACUCCCAGUGGGCAAGGUAGGUCUCUGACCUAAAAGAAAGCAGAAAAAGAGCUGAUCAGAAACUCUGAGGGUAUUCUAAGUAUUUGCGUAGGCCUUACACUGGGGUCACCUUCUUACAAGGGGAUAGCCAGCAACCUGGUUCCUAAAAGGACUGGUGGGAACCUUGGACUCAUGUUCAGGCCGAGGCCCCAGGAUAACGUGAGAGUGUGCCGUCUUGAGGCAUGAUUUGUUAAAGGAUAGUACUAGGAUGUACCCCACCCUUUUGAGAGAAGUGAACGCAGCCAGGAGGGCCGUCUUCAGAGAGCGUCUUCUUAUGCGUAACACUAAUUACACAUGUACCACACUUUGACAAUUAGUGAGUGACUCCAUUUCUGAUGUGAUCUUUCAACGUGACUCCAUUUCUGAUGACUAAUUUCUUUAUAAUGUGUCAUGCAUCUUAUGCACUACUUGUCUGAAGCAGUUUUCCAGUGACUCAACUUCUACUGUGCUUUGUCAUUGUGACUCUGCAAUUUCUGAUACAAAUUUCCAGUGUGGACCCUUAACUGAAGUGAUUUUUUUUUCGACGCGACUCAUUUCUUUUCGAUGUGCAGGGGCGCCGUCAAUUUUAAACGCAGACGCAGAAACAAACUGUCCUCCAUUAGGUUAUUAUACCGAUCAAUUUAAUAUAAAUGUGACUAGAAGAAUGCUAAGUUCCCAGGCCUGCUUUGGACAACGCUGACAUUACAUGCGACUGCAAACCAUGUCAUGUUGUUUUGCAUUGCAAUAGUUAUGCAUGUGUAAUGGGUCAAAUGUUUAUGUUUUAUUUUUUCUCAUACGAGGGUGUUAAGAUGGUUUUUCUUGGGGGUACUAGAGCAUGCUAGCCUCUCCCUAGCACCACUCAUGCCAUUGUGACCAUAUCUCAUCUACUCUGAUGCAAUAUACCAACGUGACUUGUCUACUCCAAGUGUGACUCAUUUUAUCUACUCCAUUUAUUGUUUCUUCACUCUUUAUGUAUUCGGACUGGCAAAAGACAUGUUUGGGUAAAAUCUUACAUAGGUUUUAGUAUAAUAUUGUUCAAUAAUGACAAAAAAGACAAAGACAAAAAAGCAGAAAGUGCUUUUGCCUUGUUUUUAACCACUAGAAAAAUGCAUUUCAACCUGAAAACUAGUUUAAAAGCCCAGACUUUGAACACAGUAACAUCUAACGAAGGUAAAUCGAGGUUUAGCUAAAUAUUCAAUCUGUAAUGAAUGCAAGUAAGUA